AUGGUACUUAGACUUGGAACGCUCAAUGUUGAAUCACUGACUGGCCGCAGCAUGGAAAUCGCAGAAAUGCUCGAGCGUAGAAGGAUUGACAUCUGCUGCCCUCAGGAAACCCGAUGGAAAUCGAAUGGUGUCUGUCAUGUCAACUCAGACAAAGAAAAAUAUAAACUAUUCUGGAAUGGUCAAAAGACGGCCAAAAAUGGUGUUGGAAUUUUUGUCAGAGAAUCGCUAGCCCAAGAAGCGAUCUCAAUGGCCACGUUGGAGAGAAAACAGAUAGUUUUGACAACGUACAUGGCGGUUUUGGCUAUGGAAAACGGAAUGAAGAUGGCAACCGCAUCCUUGAGUUUGCUGAAAGUCACGGGUUUUGUUUACUGA